AUGCGCUUUUCCAUCAUCUUCACCAUCUUCGCUGCUUCCUUCGCAACUGCCAUGCCAGUCGAUGCCAAAGACGGCGGUGAUAAGGAGGGCGGGGACAUCGCCACCUGUGAGACAAAGGCUGCUGCGGAUCAUGUAGCCUGCAUCAAUGCAUGCAAUAAGGAUGCUACUUGCAUCACUGGUUGGUGA